AGUGCGUGUGUGUUUGUUUACCCAGGCAGUAAGCGUUUGCGACUUAAAAUGCGGCUUCUUGCUUAAUACGAAACAAAUUAUACGGCACGUAAGAUAUUUUGCAAAACGAUACACUAGUCUGAGACAACCUUUACAGCUUUAAAAGUGCAUUCAGCAAACUUAAGAGUGUUUUAUUUGAUUUUCUUUUGAACGUGAAGUGGAUAAACUCCUGUUCGGCCAUCUUUGCUAACUUAGUUAGCUCUCCGUGCUAGCAGGAAGGGGGUAAAAAACUCUUCUGGACUUCAUUCAAAAUAAAAGAUCUUUAAGCAGAGCCGAAGGAGCGUUCGUUUUUCCCCGAUACGAUAUGUAUUAACGCUGUCACUAAGAGGUCAGACCCAGAGAAAUCCUCCGGUCGGAUUUGGUUCUCCGGUUCAGCGUAUCACGUCAUCAUGUCGUCGUUUUCUGAGUCUGCGUUGGAGAAGAAGCUGUCCGAGCUGAGUAAUUCGCAGCAAAGCGUUCAGACCUUGUCGCUCUGGAUCAUCCACCACCGCAAGCAUUCGAGCGCCAUCGUCCGUGUGUGGCAUAAAGAGCUAAAAAAAGCCAAAAGCAGCCGCAAGCUGACCUUCCUUUACCUCGCCAAUGACGUCAUUCAGAACAGCAAGAAGAAAGGGCCCGAGUUCACGCGGGAUUUUGAAGGCGUCCUCGUCGAUGCCUGCUCGCACGUAGCGAGAGAAACUGAUGAGAGCUGCAGAAAGCACAUGGAGAGGCUGUUAAACAUCUGGCAGGAGCGCAGUCUCUACCGUUCUGAUUUCAUCCAGCAGCUCAAACUCGCCAUCGAGGACUCGAACAGCCCCAGACACAAAAGUGCGGAAGAGAAGAAGGGCGUAAAAAGAACAAUCCAGAAGGUUCAGGAAGAGGAAGAGGAGGAGGAUGACGAUGAUUACAGAGCUCACUAUUCUCCCCAUGAGGCAGACACCAACGGCCCACAGCUGACGGAGGAGCUGGUUAAAGCCCUGCAGGACCUGGAGAACGCCGCGUCCGGAGACGCCACCGUGCGGCAGAAGAUCGCCUCUCUGCCUCAGGAAGUGCAGGACGUUUCUCUGCUGGAGAAGAUCACAGCAGAUAAAGAGGCAGCCGAUAAGCUUUCCAAGACGGUGGACGAAGCGUGUCUGCUGCUGGCCGAGUAUAACGGGAGACUGGCGGCCGAGCUGGAGGACCGCAGACAGCUGGCGCGCAUGCUCACCGAGUACAUCAACAGCCAGAAGGAGGCGCUGAGCGAGAGAGAGAAGAAACUCGAGGAGUACAAGCAGAAGCUGGCUCGGGUUACUCAGGUGCGCAAAGAGCUGAAGUCUCACAUCCAGAGUCUACCUGACCUCUCGCUGCUGCCCAACGUCACCGGAGGACUCGCACCGCUGCCCUCGGCCGGAGACCUGUUCUCCACCGACUGAUCACUUCUCCUCUCUUCAUCCCUCCAUCCUCCGUCUGGACUCUGAUUCCACCGUCACCAGCCGUUCAGCUGAUUAUCGGGCCGAGUCCUCGUCGGCCUCCGCGUUCAGUUUUUAGAAGAAAAUGGAUUUCCUGCUGAGUUACCCGUCAACACCCGAGAACAUGAACUUGACUCUGCUGUCUUAUCAUUAUUAGAGUUUGUUUUGUUUUACUGCUUUAGGGCGUGAUUUAGUUUAGUUUUUUUUUUUUUUCGCAUAUUGAUAAUCCCAUGAGGUGUUGGUAAGGCUAGGUAGCAGAAUAAAACGGAAUAAAUAGAAAAAAAUAGCUCACCCUCACAUACCCUCAUCAUUAGCACAGAUAGGACUGGGCGAUUAUUUUGCGAGCGUGUCGUCAUCACAAUCUUAAAUCUUGUAACAUGUGUUUAAAAUAUUUCUUUUAAAAAAAUCCCUUUCAACAGUUUUCCUCAAACCAUGACAGAGUGACUUUCUGUAAUUUGUAAAACAUAAACGUUAUGAAGGCGGUCAUCUUGAAUCGUACACCGUGUGUUAUAGUUUAAAAAUUUACUUUCUUUACUUUAUAGUGACACUCCGUUAAAGUAAAAGCAAUACUCUGUCAAAAGAUUUUACAUCAAACGGAGCUGGGAGAAGUAAUGCGAGUUGGCCUCGCCCAAAACGACUCUUAUAUCUUAUCUUCCUUUAAUCGUGGACAGUCCUCAGACACAGUGUGACCUACUGUAAGCUGUGAACAUUUGGCCGAAUGUUGUAAUACUUAAUAAUCGGCUCUACUUCCAGGAGUUUAAACACUCAAGAGAUUGUAUGUAGAUGCUGAUAAACGGUAUGUCAUUAUGUUACGUUUAUUUUGAGUGACAGAUCUCCAUUACUAACCAACUACAAUUUUUUUUUUCUUGGUGGAGUGACUAAAAGUAACAGAAGUGUUUCUCAACCCAACAAAAACUUUUAUUUUGUAAAAAUAUACAGCAGAACCUCAGGUUAUGAAAUUAAUUAAUUAUUAAAUAAAUUAAAAGAUUAAGGAGUUCUUAAGGUGAAAAUCUAUAUUGCGAUACAAAUUUUCCCAUAAGAAACAAUGUAAAUGUAAAAAAAAAAAAACACCCUGUGUAAAAAAAUCACAUAGCUUUUGAACGUUGGUAUUAUGGGCCGAUUCUUUCCAAACGGCUUUUGCUGACUGUAGAAAAUGUGCAAAAUUUUUGAGCGGCUCCCUGGCGUACGCGCAACUUAGCCACUGUUGUUCGUAUGCCUAAAAUACUUUGUGUGUUGAUGCAAAUUUCUUGCAAAAUUUCAAUACUUAAUGUGAAAUUCAUAAGGGAGAUUAAGAAUUUGUUAGUUUGAAAUUUUCAAUAACAAAUUAAAUUCGUAUGCCGAGGUUCCACUGUAGUACCUUUUUUAUUUUUUUAUUUUUAAAGUUAUGACUUGACUCUCUAAAGUAUGAUGAAUUGAAUUGAAAUCUCGAGGAGAUGGAGCGAUGAUUUAGUUCAACACUGAACAUACUACACAUUUGAUUUAAAAAAAAAAAAAAUAUUUUUUUGGGGUGCAUAUUUAUUAGAAAAUAUUUUAGGACACAUUUAAAGUUACUUUUUUAGAUACAUACACCUUCAAAUGACACCAAAUGUCACGCCUGAUUGACUCCCACCACCUGACGAAAGUUCUAUCUAACCCCCCCCCUCCCUUUUUUCUUCCUGCCUCGCUCAUUCGCCCAGUCCUCGUAUGUGCUACAGACUCGCCGUGGUUGUGAACAAGUCUAUCUGCUGUAUGCAAUUUUUCUCUCUUUCCAAAAGCAUUUCAUAGUAGGUUGCUGAAAAAAAAAAAGUCAGUGGCUAAUCAAAAAAGCAGUUUUUUUUUUCUUUCCAGAAUUUGAGCUAAUAAUUCAUGACAUGUUGGAGAGAACAUUAACAGCAGGUCUUAACUAAAGAAACUGUCUCCUUUGCUUCUUCUUCUUUGUUUUCUUUAGAAUUGUGCACUGAUUAGAUGAACAACUCCUUAAUAUUCAUUAUUUGUAAAAGCUGAAGUCAGCACAUCCUCCUUUUCAUGCAGCUUUUAAAUGAUUAUUUUAAUUAUUUAGGGAAAAUGCUAUCCAAACCUUCCUGGCCAUAUGUAAAAAAAGUAAUUGCCCCCUAAACCCAAUAACUGCGCUUGCAAUGACUGCCAAUGAGUCUUUCACAUCGCUGUGGUAAAGAAACAAUGGAGGGUUUCGAGCUUAAGGUCAUGCCACAGCACCUCAGGAUAGGGAUCGUCCAUAUUUGCAGCACUCUUAGAGUAUGUUAUGGUCAUUGGACUGUAAGUAAAUGACUCUAAUCUGUGUUUAAAAGUGGUUAGCACUGUGGGUUCACUGUCAAGGGUUCGAUUCCCGCCGUGGGUCUGUGUGUGCUUGGUGUUUGCAUGUUUUUCUCAUGCUUCGUGGGUUUUCUCUGGGUACCCCGGUUUCCUUCCACAGUACAAAGACAUGCAGGGUUUCCAAAUUGCCCACAAUGAGUGAGUGAGUGAGAGUGUUUAAAAGUUAAAUAAAAUAGUGAUUGAGAAAAGGAGUGCAUAAGUGAUUGGCUAGUUAGGCAUUAUUUUAUAUGUAUAAAAUAAAAUCUUUUAUUUACAUUUA